CUUGUUUACUGUGCACCCACUCAUUUUUCGCUUUUGAAUUUUCCACAAUGGCAGACGACGAUGCCCGGGCAGCAGCAUUCACGCCCCGAGUUGGCCUCUUCCGGCGUCGCCCGCACACCACCGACAAAUGGUACACGCCGGUAGUCUCGCUCGACUACGAAAUUCACUCUGCCCACAACAUUGCACUGACAGCCUGUGGUCUCGGCAUUUUGAUCGGUCUCGGUCUCUCUGCCGCUAUGACGCUUGGCUUCACGCACUUUGGAGUCCUCGGGCUCUACAUAGCCGUGGCUGCUGUCUACCACAUGCUUGAGUACCUGAGCGUGGCCAUGUACAAUCCGACGCGCGUCACCAUGGAGUCCUUCAUGUUCAAUCCCGACGAGGGCAACCACUAUUACAAGGCGAUGCUGGUGUCAAUUGCAGAGUACUGCAUCGAGUCGUACUUGUGUGGGUCGAGCAAGGCGCCAGGUGUGGUGACCUGUGCUGGUCUGGUGAUGGCAGUGCUUGGCCAGGCAAUGCGUACGCUGGCGAUGGUUACAGCGAAAUCGAGCUUCAACCACUAUAUUGCGAAUCGGAAGGAAUCUGACCACCAGCUGAUUACACAUGGUGUGUACAAGUACGAGAGGCACCCAUCGUACGUAGGGUUCUUCUUGUGGGCGGUCGGACUGCAGAUUAUGCUGAAGAACCCGGUAUCGGUAAUUGGGUUUGCAGCAGUGCUCGGGUACUUCUUUUUGCGGAGGACGAGGUAUGAGGAGCACACGCUGAGAGUGUUUUUUGGUCCGCAGUAUGACAGCUACUGCAGGCGCACCGGCACAUUGAUUCCAUUUAUUGGCGAUACCAGCGUCGCACGGGAGCCAGUAGACCAUGAAGACGAUGACGUUGAUGUUGAUUCGGUGGAUGAGGAUGUAGAGAGUUCUUAAUAAAAGGUAGAGCAGUCUUUUUUUUUUUAAAUUAUGACUAUAACGGGCUUCAGUCUAGGACCAUCGGGACCAGCUCAUCUAGCUGCGAGUCUGGCUGCCGCCCACUCUCUGGGAAGUAGAACAGCAG